CAAGGGCUUUACGUCGAGAAGGCCAGUAUCGUGGAAGCUAGGAUCGAGUAUGUCAGCACCAAGGAUGCCCCAGAACGGAAACCGGAGUUAGAUAUCGUUGUUGUCCCGGGUUUUGGUGCAAACCCUCUCAAAUGUUGGGCUUGGGAUUCGGAGAAGGGAGACGGUAGCUAUGACGUUCGAAGUCAACAGAAAGACGAGAAGUUCAACUGGAUCACAAGUCCGGAUGGAUUAUCGGAAAAGUUCCCGGGCGCGCGAAUUUUACGCUACGGUUUUGCCUCAGCGUGGCAAGGUACCUGCCAGAUCGAGAAUUACUUUGACAGCAUCGUCCAAGGACUGCUCAUUUUGCUCCGAAAGCACAGGAAAGAAUACAAUGAGAAGGGUCGACCCAUCGUUUUCAUCGGUCACAGCAUGGGAGGACUUGUCAUUGCCAAAGCAUUGACGGAGAUGGACAGACUUCGUGAUGACUUCGGAGAACUUCUGCCUUGCGUCACAGGCUGCGCUUUAUUUGGAACACCCUUUUUUGGCACUGGAAUGGCUUCAUUCUUCUCUCGCGUGGUCGAGAUGAUGAGAGAGCAGGGCCUCAAAGUGAGUGGAGCAUUCUGGGGGAUGAUGAAACCCGACAGCGAUUUUCUUCAGACAUUGCGCCGUGAAAUCACACACUUGGUCAAGCGAACCAGUCCCCCUAUCGACAUGAGGUGUAUCUACGAGUUGCUCCCGGUCGAAAAGACAGAUUACUUUCCUGAACGAGGAUCCAAAAGCAACGAGUCCAAGAAUGGUAUGAAUCAUGUCUUAAGGUACGAUAUGAACGAAGAAAAUUUCCAAUGGGAUUCCAAAUUGACCACUUAUCAGAACGAUAACUACUGUUUCGUCACCAAAGCGUCUGCAACCAUGGAUUAUAUGCCAGGUGUGGGACUGCAGUGCAAUCAUCGUGGUCUGGUGACAUUCGAACAUAAAGACACUCAGAAGUACGGUCUUGUGCUGGAAGAGCUGGAAAGGCUCGUUAGUACAGCAGUAAAUGCCUGCAGGAAAAGACUGCAAGCCUCAAGCCAACAUAGCAUGUCGCCUCAGGCUGUGGAUGCCCUGAGAAAUAUGCUCGAUUCUGGCCUUAAGCAUGAUCAUGAUUCUAUCGUGAAAAAUCAGAAGGGGGAGAAGUCCUGGGUUUUACAAGACAAACGUUAUAUUGAAUGGGAGUCUCUUGAAUCAACCAGCUCAUUCUUCUGGAUUCAGGGGCGACCUGGAGUGGGAAAGACAUCGGCCACUUUGUCCGCCAUCGCGAGUAUACGCCAUAAGAUCGAGAAGAGCCUCAACCCAGGGAACGCUGGCCUCACACCGCUCUUGGCUUAUUUUCUAUGCGACUCGUCCAGGAACGGUUCAUCUGCGAUUGAGCUACUCAAGUCGCUUGUGCUUCAACUCAUCAGCCAAAAUCCGCUUCUGGCUGAUCACGGCAAGCAUCUUCUGAGAAAGAGCCAAUACCAUAGGAGUAUCUACCCCGCCGAUGAGCUUUCGGGCGACGAUACUAUGGCCACCAUGAGUCUGCCCAAUCUUUGGCGUUGUUUCACAGAUAUCAUCGCCGACGAUUCUAUUGGCGACAUUUACGUCGUCAUCAACAACAUCCAUUUGUUGAAACAUGACGAGGAUUCUGACUCGCUUAUCGAAUCCAUCUACCAUAGCAUUAUCGCACCAAGCAACGACCAGGAUCUAACCGGGAUUCGGAGCAAUCGCCGAUGGCUAAUUACGCGCACAGAAGGUGCGGAUGGUCGUCGUUUCGAAAAGCUGAUUGAUACUGGGAUCUCGUAUGUUGCUGAUCUAUCCACCAGUGAAUUCGCCGAGAAGGUCAAAAACUCUUUGAAGUACUACGUACAGAGAAAGGUUGUCAACCUACAUCAGACCAAAUACUACGAACCUGACCAAAGGUACAUGAUAGAGGACAUGAUGAUCGACCAUGCCGACAAUACACAUUGGAUUGAUAUUCAGUGUAUUCGACUGGAGGAGUUGGAGCAGCAGAGCAGUACGGAGACCAUAACGAAGACCUUGGGACUCACAAAUGCUUCGAGCUUGGAGAAACUAGUGCGCCAUUGCUGGUUGACGGUCCUCGAGCGGAACCCACAACUCACACUUUCCCUCGCGGAGAUUCUCAGGGCACUGGUCUUGGCUUUCCGAAGUCCAUCUGUCGAAGAGCUUUGUAUUCUGUCUGGUAUCAAAGACGAGAGUAAGGUGAUUCUUCUGAUUGACCAGUGCGCGCCAAUGAUACGUCUAGAUCGCCAGGAAAAAGGCAUUACGUUUGUCAAGUUUGAGAAUGCCACCCUCAAGAAUCAGCUUCUCUUGAAAUCAGAUGAGCUUCUAGGCUUGUCAGGAGUUUCUGUUGACGAGAAGUCAAGAGCGGAAACAAAACGUUACCAUGGUGUCCUUGCUUGGAGGUGCUUUUCUUACAUGCAAAAGGCUCUCAGCCCCGCAGUAGCUGGGGUGAACCGAUCAAUGUUCGUCGGAUCGUCAUAUCCUUUGGACUUUUGGAUGGACCAUGCCAUACGGGGCAAGUCGGAACUUUCGGAAGAUCUCGCUCGCCACUUACAUGUCUUCUGGGAGAGAGUGUCACCUCUAAGGAAUGCCUGGCUAGCAUUGUCUUUACCAACUGCGCAAUCCUUUGAGCACGGCAUUUCCACUGAAGGUAUGACGGCGCUGCAUGCAGCUGCAGCAUACGGAUUUGACAGGCUCGUAUCGAGCUUGAUCACGAAUGGACACCAGCAUGAAGUGGAUUGUGCCAAUCUAGAUGGAUACACUCCGCCGGGAAAUAUCAGAGCUCUUCUUGAACACACAAGAACCUCUUUCAAUGACGAUACUCUAGCAUCUGCAGUGCUCACUGCUGCCAUUGAGAACAAUUGGGAUUGCGUUUUAGCGAUUUCCCGACCAGACUUAGGCGGCAGCAAUGUUUUCUAUCUGGCAGCAGUGACCCUACGCGAUGGGCCGGCAUCCACUACCGUGCUCAAGGAGACAUGGAGGGCUUCGCACGCAAGUAUUGCGAAAGAAGUGCUCAAUGAAGCGCUUUAUCAGGCUACAGACAACCAGAAGGUCGAUACUGUAGCAUGGCUUCUCGACCAUUGCAAAGCUGAUGCUAAUGCCACGGACUAUCGUCCUAGCAUUUUGAAUUCCGUUCGCUCCACAGCCAUUCCGACCUUUGGAAAUACCUUGGCCGCCGCGGCCUGGGACGGCACCAUCGAGAUUGUGAGGACUUUAAUUAAGCACGGUGCUCAUAUUGACAGUCCAACUGGAUGCCCAUUGCAGCUAGCGGCCAAAGAAGGCCAUGCUGAGGUAGUCAGGCAUCUCCUUAGCCACGGGGCCAAGGUCGACAGAAUUCCUGAAGAGGAGGACAAUUAUAGGGGGUCCGACUUCCAGGAAGGCACUGCCUUACAAGCGGCCUGCGAGGCAGGGAAAACUGAAGUCGUGAGGGUUCUCCUACAGUGGAAGGCAAACCCCAACCUUGGGCGAGGACCAUAUAAUAGUCCUAUUCUUGCCACAACAGCAAGGAAUCGAUCUGAAAUUCUGAAGCUUCUAAUCGAUGCUCCGGGGAUUGAUGUCAACGUAAAGGGGGCCAAGAAUUCGUCAACACCACUGAUGAAUGCAGCUUUCCUCAUGACCUACGAAGACACAGAGCUUUUACUCAACGCCGGCGCCGACGUCAAUCAGUGGGGUCCUCACGACGAGACUGCUCUCAUACGUGCAGCACGGAAAGGAGACGCCAGAAUCCUGCGUCUCAUUAUAUCUCGUGGAGCUAAUAUCCUGCAUGCUGGACAAGAUGAACAAACGGCUCUUGAUAUAGCUGCGGGUCAAGCAAACGUCGAAUGCUUACAAGUACUCGCAGAGAGCGUGUCUCCGCUAUUCCGCGGGCUCAAGAGGGCGAUUGCAAACGGGAGUACCUUCGCGCGAGAUCUUGUAGCUCGGCCGGAGGACGACCAUGAUAUUGUAGACAUGACCACCGUCAAUCAACUACGAGAGAAAAUCGUAGGCCUAGAGAGAGACCUCAAAGACCUCAAUCGCAUGCGAAAGGGGUGGAAUGGCAUGAUGUCACAGGUACAAGAAGCGGAGGAGAGUACGGCAAGCUACAAGCACCAAAUGGAUCAAAUGAGAAGUGAGAGAAUCGAAGAAAGCGCCCGAAUUGAGAAAGAAAGAGGCGAAUACGAGGCUGCGAGAUACGGUUUCGCCAAACUGCAGGAGGAGAAGGAUGCUCUCAAGCAGAAUGUUGCAGCUGCCAAGCUAAGUCUAGAGACGCAGGAAAGAGAGUUCAGCAUGAGUUUGCAGCAGAAGCAAAAAGAGAUGGAGGGAAUCUAUUCUCUGUGGACAGACACUGAAGCGCGGCGAAAGAGUGCCGCAGAUGAAGCCGUGGAGGUUCGACGACAGCUUCGAGUCACCGAAGACGAAGCCGAUAGGAUACAGCAAGCCAUGUCGGACCAGAUCGAAUCUUUGCAGAGGGAGCUAGAAUUCUCCAAACAACAGGCAGAUGGAAAAGCAACUCCAUCAGGUGGCAGGGAUGACGAAAGCUUCAUAGAAGGAGACGACUCCGUGAUGAACCAGAAUGCUGGUAGCUCGCUGAGUGUCAGCAGCGCUCAAGACGCCACAAGCGACACUGGUACAGGCAAAAGUGCAGCCAAGAGAUUCAAAGAUAUGAGACACAACUCCACGCAAUUUAUGGCCGAUUUUGUCUCGAAGAAGAGAGGGAGCCCCAAGCCGGAUGGCCAGAAGUAG